GCGCGGGCGGGCGGAGGCGCGCGCCGGCCGCAGGAGCUGCGGGUUGCCGCCGCCCGCCGCGCACGUGCGGCUGCUGCCGUGCGCCGAGCUGACGCCCCGCAGCCGCUUUGUUGCCUCCUGGACGCCGGCAUCAUGCACGGGCCGGGCUCCGCGGGCCUGGGCGACGCGCGCGGGGUUGACAUCAUGGACAUAUGUGAGUCAAUCCUGGAGAGGAAGCGGCAUGACAGCGAAAGGUCUACGUGCGGCAUCUUAGAGCAGACAGACAUCGAAGCUGUUGAGGCUCUUGUUUGUAUGAGCUCCUGGGGUCAAAGAUCCCAGAAAGGUGACCUAUUAAAGAUAAGACCCCUCACACCUGUCUCUGACUCUGGGGACGUCACCACCACUGUGCAUAUGGAUACGUCUGCGCCUGAGCUACCAAAGGACUUCCAUUCUUUAUCGACUCUGUGCAUAACACCUCCUCAGAGCCCUGAUCUCAUGGAACCAUCAACGGGAUUACCUGUUCCUUCCCAAGCAACUGAUUCAAAAGCACACAAAAUCACGGCCAUGUCCCCGUCCUCUGCUGUUGCAGCCAGAGUGCUGAGCCGAAGUGGGGAGAGGGGCUUGCCAGGUUUGAAGCCAGAGCCACUAGAGCCAUCCCGUGGCCCACCCUGCAGGGCCGUGGUGACCAGUGUGAUCCGCCACACUGGGGAGAGUCCUGUUCCUGUUCACUUUCCUGCUGUCCAGACUCCAGAACGACAACUUUCUGACAACAGGGAAGGAGAAGCACAGUUUCUGGGACAUUUUGAAGCUUUGCAGGACCCAGGCCUCACACACAGUUUACUCAACACUAACUUGGUGCCCUGUCAGCCUUGCUUGCGCAAGUCUGGGGGCCUGCUCCCCACUGACAACGGCCAACAGGCAGGGCGGCCCAUUGCAGUUCAGACCUGCUCACCAAAGAAUUACGAAAAUGACUUGCCAAGGAAAACCACCCCUCUGAUCUCUGUCCCUGACCCCAGUCCCCCUGUCCUUUGCCAAAUGAUUCCUGUGGCUGGACAAAGUGGGACGUUACCAGCUUUUCUGAAGCCCCCUCCCCAGUUGUCUGCGGGGACUGUCAAACCCAUCCUUCCCCAGGCUGCUCCGGUGCCUCCACCUGUGCUGGUGGGACCGCCUGUGCCUCAGGGAGCUGUCAUGCUGGUUCUGCCCUCGGGAGCGGUCCCUCAGCCUGCCACCUGCUCUGCCAGCGUCAUGACUAUUGGGAACACCAAGUUGUUGCCCCUUGCCCCUGCUCCAGUGUUCAUUGCUUCCAGCCAAAAUUGUGCCCCUCAGGUAGACUUUUCCCGAAGGAGGAACUAUGUUUGCAACUUCCCGGGCUGUCGGAAGACGUACUUCAAAAGUUCCCACCUCAAAGCUCAUCUUCGUACUCACACAGGGGAGAAGCCUUUCAGCUGCAGCUGGGAUGGCUGUGAUAAAAAAUUUGCUCGUUCAGAUGAACUGUCUCGCCACCGCAGAACUCACACAGGGGAGAAGAAGUUUGUGUGCCCGGUGUGUGACCGGCGUUUCAUGCGCAGCGACCACCUGACAAAACAUGCCCGACGCCACAUGACUACCAAGAAGAUCCCGGGCUGGCAGGCAGAGGUCGGCAAACUGAACAGAAUUGCCUCUGCAGAGAGCCCCGGGAGCCCGCUUGUGACCAUGCCGGCUUCUGCCUAAAGGUUGACGAGGGGUGGCCCAGGGGAUUUUUAAAAAGCCUCUUCAGGAAUGGAGCUGAUGGGUUCCUCUCCAAAAAAAAUGGUCUUAGGGGCUAGGGGAAGGUUGGGGAGCUGGUUCUGAUGAAAGUAUGUUAACUCUUCUUUUCUGGUUGGGACCCUGUUCAAUAUCUUUUAUAGUUUGAGAAUUUUUUUUUAAGGAAAUGGAAGCAAAUUUGGUAAUUUAAAUCACCAGCAUUCAGGCAGACAUUUCGGCAAUAAAGUUUACAAAGUCUGGAUUUUUACAACCUUUCUAUUCAUGUUUUGUAGAAAUGAGACAGGGUACUAAUUUUUAUACUAUUUUUUAUAAGAAUAUUUAUAUUGUUGGUGCUCC